AUGGCUCCAAACAUGUUUGUUAUAACAUUUGAUCGACCUGGUGCAACUUAUUUGCCUGGAGAAAAUAUAUCCGGUUGUGUUACCAUCGCAUUAAGCGAAAAAAAAAGUGCUCGAGAUUUAUAUAUACACCUGAAAGGAGAAGCUCGAGUUCAUUGGACGAUUUCGGAAUCAUCAAAAGAUAUAGACGGAAAUGAUACUUCAUCAACUCAACAUCACUCUGCAACUGAAAAAUAUUUCAGCAUGAAACAAUCUUUAUUAAGAAGAUCGACUGAAAUCGAUAGAAUAGAACUUCCAGAAGGAGAAAGUACAUAUUAUUUUUCGUUUCAAAUACCCAUAAAUAUACCAUGUAGUUUUGAACACAGUACUGGAUAUAUUCGUUACACAGCGAAAGCAAUCGUCGAUAUACCAUGGAAAUUCAAUUGGUGGACAAAAUCUGCGUUCACUGUUGUAACUCCGUACGAUUUAAAUACUUUUUCCGAUCAAUGUAUGGGAAUAGAUGACGAGAUAUCAAAAGAUUUUAGUUGUUGUUGCUUUAAAAAAGGUUCGUUAAACGUUCGAAUAAAAAUUCCAAAUUUAGGAUACGUUCCAGGACAAUUUAUAACUAUCGAAGUGAUCUCGAAUUUAAAAUCGUCGAACAUUCAAAUAAUAGGAAUUACGACAAAACUAAUAGAAGAACUUACCUUUCAUGCGCACGGCUCGACAGAAACGAAACAAAUAGUGAUAAAAAAAAAUAAAAGCCAAGGACCAAUUAAAAAUUAUCAUGAAACGAAACUAAACCUUUAUGUUCCAUCCCUGCCACCAUCUAAUUUAGAACAUUGUGGUAUUAUUGAAUUGAAAUAUCGUUUACAUGUGGUAAUUCAUUUCAACGGCAUGCAUAAGAAAAUCGAUAAAAUAUAUCCAAUAUUAAUUGGAACAAUACCUUUAAAUACUUCACCAUUGACAGAAUGGACUCCAACAAAUGAUACUCGACCAACAGCACCAAUAAUUGACGAAGAACCAUCAAUAUCUACCUCCAUAAAACCUGUACCAGUACAUGGUCAUACUGAAUCACCAGAAAGAAGAACUGAUUUACCAGGAACAUCUCAACCUAAUUUCAAUAAAUUUCAAUUACCGAAUCAACCAGUAGGAUGGAACAUGGAACCACCUUCUUAUGAAGAGUGUACUCAAAGAGCUGAUAAUAUUAAGGAUAGUGAUGAUUCGAAUUCCGUUUAUGGUGCAGAUCAACCAUUUGCACCAAGAUAUCCAGUUUUCAAUUUUAUGUAUUAUCGAUCCACCUAA